AUGGAGGAUGGGAAAUUCUGGGAUCCCCCGUCAGACACAAGCACCACCCCAAAAGAUCACAAAAGAACCCAUGAAUGUUCAGAGUGUGGGAAAUCCUUUAGUCUCCAGUCCCUCCUUUCGAUCCACAGGAAGGUCCAUGUGGGAGGUGGAUCCAGUCAAGGUUCAGAGGGUGAGAAAUUGUUCUCUGGUAAAAACUCCAAAGAUCUCAGGAGCCCCCCAACACUAAAACCGUUUAAAUGUGAGGAAUGUGACUUAUGCUUUGGUCAAAAGUCAUACCUUCAUACACAUCAGAAAAUCCAUAGAGGAAAGAAACCUCAUCAAUGUCUGGAAUGUGGGAAAUUUUUCCGUCUUCGGCGCCAUAAGAAGAUUCAUUUGGGAAUAAAGCCUUACAAAUGUUUUGAGUGUGGGAAUUGUUUCACCCGGAGUACAUCGCUUCACAGUCAUUGGAAAAUACACACAGGGGAGAAAAACGAAAAGUGCCUCGAAUGUGGGAAAUGUUUUAUCCAGAAAUCAACUCUGGUGCGACAUCAGAGAAGUCACACUAGAGAGAGACCCUAUGAAUGCCCAGAAUGUGAGAAACGAUUUGUGGAUCCUUCUGAUCUUCGGAGACACCAGGAGAGGCACAAGGGGGAGAAACCCUAUCAAUGUGUGGAGUGCGGGAAAUGCUUCUUCCGAAAACACCACCUUGAAAGCCAUCAGAGCAUCCACACGAGAGAGAAGCCCUACAGAUGCGUAGAAUGUGGAAAAGGCUUUCGACUCGUGGGAGACCUUUCGAUACAUCAUAAAACCCACACAGGGGAGACGCCAUAUCAAUGCAACGAAUGUGGAAGCUUUUAUAUUUCAAUAUCAGUCUUUAAAAGUCAUGUAAAAAUGCACACAGAGGAAAAAACUACAAAUGUUUAG